AUGAACAGACCUCAUAUGGACAGACCUUAUCAGGCCAGACCUCAUAUGGACAGACCUCAUACGGACAGACCUUAUCAGGCCAGACCUCAUAUGGACAGACCUCAUAUGGACAGACCUCAUAUGGACAGACCUCAUAUGGACAGACCUCAUAUGGACAGACCUCAUAUGGACAGACCUCAUACGGACAGACCUUAUCAGGACAGACCUCAUAUGGACAGACCUCAUAUGGACAGACCUCAUAUGGACAGACCUCAUAUGGACAAACCUCAUACGGACAGACAUUAUCAGGCCAGACCUCAUAUGGACAGACCUCAUAUGGACAGACCUUAUCAGGCCAUACCUCAUAUGGACAGACCUCAUAUGGACAGACCUCAUAUGGACAGACCUCAUACGGACAGACCUUAUCAGGCCAGACCUCAUAUGGACAGACCUCAUAUGGACAGACCUCAUACGGACAGACCUUAUCAGGCCAUACCUCAUAUGGACAGACCUCAUAUGGACAGACCUCAUAUGGACAGACCUCAUAUGGACAGACCUCAUAUGGACAGACCUCAUACGGACAGACCUUAUCAGGCCAGACCUCAUAUGGACAGACCUCAUAUGGACAGACCUCAUAUGGACAGACCUCAUAUGGACAGACCUCAUAUGGACAGACCUUAUCAGGCCAGACCUCAUAUGGACAGACCUCAUAUGGACAGACCUCAUAUGGACAGACCUCAUAUGGACAGACCUCAUACGGACAGACCUCAUAUGGACAGACCUCAUAUGGACAGACCUCAUAUGGACAGACCUCAUAUGGACAGACCUCAUACGGACAGACCUUAUCAGGCCAGACCUCAUAUGGACAGACCUUAUCAGGCCAGACCUCAUAUGGACAGACCUCAUAUGGACAGACCUCAUAUGGACAGACCUCAUAUGGACAGACCUCAUACGGACAGACCUUAUCAGGCCAGACCUCAUAUGGACAGACCUUAUCAGGCCAGACCUCAUAUGGACAGACCUCAUAUGGACAGACCUCAUACGGACAGACCUUAUCAGGCCAGACCUCAUAUGGACAGACCUCAUAUGGACAGACCUUAUCAGGCCAUACCUCAUAUGGACAGACCUCAUAUGGACAGACCUCAUAUGGACAGACCUCAUAUGGACAGACCUUAUCAGGCCAGACCUCAUAUGGACAGACCUCAUACGGACAGACCUUAUCAGGCCAGACCUCAUAUGGACAGACCUCAUAUGGACAGACCUCAUAUGGACAGACCUCAUAUGGACAGACCUCAUACGGACAGACCUUAUCAGGCCAGACCUCAUAUGGACAGACCUUAUAUGGACAGACCUCAUAUGGACAGACCUCAUAUGGACAGACCUCAUACGGACAGACCUUAUCAGGCCAGACCUCAUAUGGACAGACCUCAUACGGACAGACCUUAUCAGGCCAGACCUCAUAUGGACAGACCUCAUAUGGACAGACCUCAUAUGGACAGACCUCAUAUGGACAGACCUCAUAUGGACAGACCUCAUAUGGACAGACCUCAUAUGGACAGACCUCAUACGGACAGACCUUAUCAGGCCAGACCUCAUAUGGACAGACCUUAUCAGGCCAGACCUCAUAUGGACAGACCUCAUAUGGACAGACCUCAUAUGGACAGACCUCAUAUGGACAGACCUCAUAUGGACAGACCUCAUACGGACAGACCUUAUCAGGCCAGACCUCAUAUGGACAGACCUUAUCAGGCCAGACCUCAUAUGGACAGACCUCAUAUGGACAGACCUCAUACGGACAGACCUUAUCAGGCCAGACCUCAUAUGGACAGACCUCAUAUGGACAGACCUCAUACGGACAGACCUUAUCAGGCCAGACCUCAUAUGGACAGACCUCAUAUGGACAGACCUCAUAUGGACAGACCUCAUAUGGACAGACCUCAUAUGGACAGACCUCAUACGGACAGACCUCAUAUGGACAGACCUCAUACGGACAGACCUCAUAUGGACAGACCUCAUAUGGACAGACCUCAUACGGACAAACCUCAUAAAAGCACUCCUCAUAUGGGCACACAACAUAUGGACAAAUACAACACACACCGCAGACCUCACAUGGGACACACCGCAAAACCCCUAUGGACACACGCCAUAUGGACACACAUUCCAUACCUUAUAUGGACACACCGCUUAUGGACAUAUACCACAGACCUCAUAUGA